UUGGAACCCUUGUGGCACAUGCAUAUAAAGAUCAAAAUACAAUUGUGUCGAUUAUUGUGGGAACGGGAACAAAUGCGGCAUGUAUUGUAGAAUCUAGAGAGAUUAAGAAACAUGUGUUUAAACCUAAUUUUCCUCAAACCAUGAUAGUUAAUACUGAAAUAAGUUUGAUGGGUUCAGACUUUUUAAAAAGAACGAAAUAUGACAAAAUUCUUGAUUCACAAAGUUCUUCGCCGGGAUUUCAACCUUUUGAAAAAAUGGUUAGCGGACUAUAUUUAGGUGAAUUAGUUAGGUUGACUAUCGUUGAUUACGUUAAAAAUUUAAAUUUAUUUGGAGGAGUGUUACCCGGAGGAAUGGAAGUUCCUUAUAGUUUCACCUCCAUUCAAAUGUCAAACAUUGAAAGUGACAAAUCUUCUAAUCCAGAAAAUCUUGUAAAGGUAUUAACAGAAGACUUCAAAUUACCCAAAGAUAAUUUGUCAAAUGAGGACAUGCUUAAAGUUAGAGAAUUGGUGAAAAGGUAUUCGCAUAGGUCAGCGCAAUUAUCGGCAGUGGUUGCCGCAUCGUUAAUUAAAUUUCAAUGUGGAGAUAUUAAAGAGAUUGAAAGAGAGGUUAGAAUAGCGGUUGAUGGAUCAGUUUAUCAUCAUUUUAAUAAGUAUUCUUUCUGGAUGGCCAAGACUCUUAGAGAAAUACAAGACGUCAAGGAAGAUAAAAAA